AGGCGAAAGGCCUCUUGAUUGGUCGGCGGCGGUGUCGGUAGAUUCCGUGUUACGGUAGGUGGAACCCGGAGUACAACAAGUGUGUGGAGUGCGCGGAAUGGACAAGCUGAAGCGGGUUCUAAGCGGGCAGGACGCGGAAGAGCCGAGUCCCCUGGCCGAGGUAGUUGAUGCAUCUUCUCUAAGCUGGAGCACAAGGAUAAAAGGUUUCAUAGCUUGUUUUGCUAUAGGAGUUCUCUGCUCUAUUUUGGGUACCUGCCUGUUAUGGGUGCCCAAGAAAGGACUAAUACUGUUUGCAGUAUUUUAUACACUGGGAAAUAUCUCAUCCCUUGGAAGCACCAUCUUCCUUAUGGGACCUAUGAGGCAAUUGAAAAGAAUGUUUGAACCAACCCGUUUGAUAGCUACUAUAGUCAUGCUCUUGUGUCUCAUAUUGACUUUGUGUUCAGCUUUCCAGUGGCACAACAAGGGACUUGCUCUUAUCUUCUGCGUGUUACAGUUUUUUGCCUUAGCAUGGUAUAGCAUUUCCUAUAUACCAUUUGCAAGAGAUGCUGUGAAGAAGUGUUUUACUGUGUGCCUCUCAUAACAGUGAAGUGAGAAGUUUCAUCUCUGUAGAAAGAAAUGUCGCAGUGAGGACUGGAAGACCUGCACAACUAUUAUCACCUUCAAGAGACUGAAUAUACCUUCCUAGAGCCAAGUUACUCAGCUCACUAAUUAAACCUGUAUACCACAGAACACAGCAACUGUCUACUGGACCAAAGGAUAAGGAAUUUUGUGAUAAACCUCAGGAUCAGUUGCUUAACUAAGCUUUUGUAUGCAUUUUGGCACAAAAUUGGUUUUUGAGUUAGACAGUUUCAAUGAAUAAGUAAAUAGGGAUUAAAAUUACUCUUUCCUAUUUAGGCACAUUUUUUCCUCACAGGAGAUAGUUUUCAAACUGAAUGCUGGGACCUGAGCUAAAAAUAUAGUGGAUUUGGGGACUUGACCUUGUGGGUUUUUAUGUCUUAUUUUCAGGACUCCAGGGCUUUGUUCCACUGUUUUUUUUGCCUGUAAUAAUGUAAAGGAGCUUGAUUGGAGCAAAGUCACUGCCUUCUUACCUAACAAUACUCACAGUACCUUAUAACUAGAAUAUUAAUACUGAAUCACUGAUGGAUCAGCAAAGGAAGCAGUGAAAUAGGGGCUAUAAAUCAGAACUGUAACCAAGUGCUCUUCAGUUUCUGCAGGCAUUCCAUUAGUAGGCUCUUAAAACUGCUGCUUCUUUUUAAAUUGUUUACCCAUUCUCACCUGUGCUGUUUCACUUAUCCCUCCUCUCCCUUCUCUAUUAGAAUACCACAUUCCUCUUUGAAAUCAAUAAAUAGCAUUGCUUUCAUGCCAUAUGAAAACCUCAGUCCAAGCAUGUGGAAGAACAUCCAAUAGACUUUGGUUACAGGGUGGAAGUAAAACUGAAGGUCUAUUUUCAGAAAAGCCUUUCCCAGUUUACCCAACUUAAUAUUUACCUUCUAUUUCUGUUGGUUGCCAUUAAUUGCUGUUAGUUGGAGGGUUUUUAAAAGUUUCAUUUUAAUGGGACAACAUCCUAUACCGAUUGGAACAGGCAUCCUGGUAUUGUAAGUCUUUGCCACAGUCCAUUUCUUCAUUUUGGAUGCUGUCACAUUAAUUUUGUCUUGUGUAACAAUGAAUUAAGCACUUUGCUAAGGAAUCCUGUACAGUUUCUUAAGUGUAUUUGUAAUUAGUUUGCCUUUUGCUCUUCUGAUACUUUCUGAGGCUUAUGUUUUAGAAUCCCUUGUAUCUUGAGAAACUACUAGGAUGGCCAUGUUUGUUUCUGAAAGAAAACAAAUCUGUUACUGUAGGUUCUCUUCUUUAGAGGCUUAUGGAACUGAUUGUUUCUGUGAGCCUUACCCAACUGUUUAUCUAAAGAGAUUUUUUGGUUGACUACUCAGGAGUAGAAGACCUAAACCUAGUUUUCUACAUAACUAGAUUUAACUUUUGUAUCUGCAUGGUUAGCUAAUUACAGCUUCUGUUUGUAUAUUAUCAGCUAUUUAUAGCUAGACAAUUUUGGAAGUUAACCCCGGGCAAGCUAAUUAUGUAAAGUACAAACUGUAAAUAUUCAGGAAGUAAUUUAGGAACAGGGUUCUCUGUUGCUGCUUUGAUGUCAAUAAACUGUAGAAAUUGAAGUUUGUGAAAGUUUGCAGUUCUCUAUGAAUUUACAUUAAGAAAUUGGAAGCCUUUAGCCUUGUUCAUAUAUGCACUGAAUGUAAAUGAAAGGAAACAAUACCGUUAAAAGAUUUGUAGAAUACUGACAGCUGCAAUAUGAAGGUUUACCAUGCACUUCUAUCUUCAGGAUAAUUACUACUUACUGAUGGUUGUGCAUUACAUUAUAUAGAGAUGCACAUGAUAACUGAAAAUAUGGGCUUUACCCUACUGAUUGGCUAAGAGGGAAAAGCACCACCAUUAUCAGAGCUGAAUGGUAGGCUAGAGAAUGUUAUAUGUUGGCAUGUCUUCAGUACUCAUAUGUGAAGUACUCUUCUGUAUCUGUAACACAAGGCAUUCUAGUACUUUAAUAACUGAUAGAGAUGUAAAUAAUGGACUAGAGAAUAAAGCAAAAUAGUCACUGUCCAGAUGCCCAGAAGGACAAUUGGACUGCUAAAUUUAGUACAAAAAUCAGAAUUUAUUUUGGUGUUGUUUCCUGUUGCAGUGAUUGUGUAUUGCAGAAGUAUUUUCAGAGGGGGAUCAUUGUGGUGUAGGUGGGUCGGAUAGCACUAAAUUAUGCUAUAUUAGAAUUUGUAGGCAAUGUGAACAAAUUAUGGUAAAAAGUUUAAGUAAAAACAUAAGUUUUAGAAGAGGGAAGCACCUGAAUCUCUUCAUGUUUCUAAAGCAACAGCUCUAACCACUUUGGCAGCUUGCCGUUUAGUCUGAAAAGGCAGUUAUUCAAAGAGUAUUUUUUGGGGGGUUGGUCUUGUCAGCCACCAGCGAGCCUGCAGCAGACGUGGACUAUUGCACCCUUCUUAAAUCUUCGUUCGCGAAGCCAAGCCGAGAGAGAUUUUUUUGGGGGAGGGGGAGAGUUGCUGUUCAUGGUCUGUUCAUGGUAUGCACAAAACUUAUUUGACUGGAAUUGGUGGGAGACGGAAAGAAAGCAGGGUCUAUAUGGGAAGCAAUGGUCUUCUCCAUCCACUUCCAGUUCUUAAAGUUUUAGCAGUCUCCACAUGCAUUUGUUAAUAUCACAGUCAAAUAGUAACAAUUUUUUUUUUAAAAAAAAGGCUGCUGCUAUCCUAGAGUUUAGAAAUCUCCCAAAGAAGAACAGUGCAGAUUUUUUAGGCUUUCUAGGGUAAGAAAGAGAAUUUGUAGUUUCUUUAAUUCAGCUGUCUGGUUUUGUUUACAGAAUGCCAAGGCCCUGGAUCAAGCCUUUUUAUACAUUUAGCACAUAGGCACACAAGCCCACGUUGCUGCCUUUUUCUAGAUCAGUUACACUCUUAAUUAUUGCAGUAUGUAAGAAAAUGCAAUUCAAAUGUUUACACUGAUGUUUUCUCACAGGAAUAUUUCUGUCUAAAAUCUUGCCUCCAGCUGAGUAAUUUUAUAGAUAUAGUAUUGCUAAAUUUUCUAUGUUGUGGGUUUUCCCCCCACUUGUUGACUUUUUCAAAUGAUUUUAAAAUGAGAUUUUGUUAUAGGUACUGUGUUUGUAUAAUAGCAUCUUUGAAUUGUGACACUGUGCUGUCCUCUCCCCACUUUCUGUCAAGUAUGGAAGUUUUCUAAAUGUGCAUUAAAAGAGCUGGGCACAGAUGGCUCCCAUCUUGCUAUUGUUGCAUGGCUGAAGCUCCAGCAGCCUUAAAAUUGUCUCUGAACUUAACUUGAAAUUUCUGUGUGCAUUACUAUCAGUCAGCCUCAGAGUUUAUGAUAAGACAUUUACUUACCACAGCCGAGUAGUUCACCUGUAUUCAUUUUCCUUAUCCUGAAUUUAUAUUGCUGAUUUCUUAGAUUCAGUUAUCUUGGUAAUUUCUUGCUGAACCUUAUUAUAAUACUACUUAAACUAAAUCCUUGCAAAUAUGCAGAUGUUGGUAUCCUAGCUUAAGGCUUUUCAGUGACUAAAUAAUAAGAGCCUCUUUGAGGGUUCAGCUACACGUUCAAGAACUCUUUUAUUUCUUUUGCAAAUACCUUCAGGGAUUUUUUGAUCAAGGAAGAAAAUGAUGCUGGAACUUUCAUUGUUGUUUCUUCCCCUGCUGUUUACUUGUUGCAAAAAGUCACCACUGAGCUGCUGUUAUUUUCAGUAGGGAAAGGAACAGGUACCUGAAUGUUUUCCCCACAGGAGUAAAAACAGCUUGGGGGAGGAAAGGGUUAAAGCCCCCCCAUGCUGUCAUCCCUCCUUUAUCAAACAAUCCCAUCUCAGAGGCUGAUUUCCAGUGAAAAAAAUGGAGUGGGGCCAAAGAAGGAACAGUAGUUGAGCCGUCAGAUUGGAAAACAAAGUGCCUAAGCUACACAGCAUAACAGUAACAAGAAUUUUAAAACAAGUUAUGGAUUUUCCAGUUUUCACUGAAUGGGUGAUUUUUGUACACUUAUUUGCAAUUGUAUACUUUUUGUCAUUAAAUGUUUAUUUUAAUUUGUCUGCGGUAGAAAGACACUACUUUAAAUAAACUCUUGUCUAUAAUAUCCCUUCUGUAAUAAAACUUGUUUCAUAAGAUGUGUAUCAUUUUCAAUAAAGCUAAUAUUGAAGUAAA